AUGCCGUUUCCCAAAGACAAAGAUGUCCAGAAGAAAUGGGAAGUAGCAGUAAGGAGAGAAGGAUUCACUGCAGAUGAUUCUUCUGUGCUGUGCAGUGAACACUUUAAGAAUGAUGAUUUCGACAGGACAGGUCAGAUUGUCCAACUGUGGGAUGGUGUUAUUCCAUCCAGCUUCAGCUUCCCAGUUCACCUCCAAAGACUGGAAAAGGGAAGAAGCACACCCACCUCAAGAAGAGCUGAAGAGAGCCUGUCAGUGGUAUUUCUGGAUGCUCCAGAAACAUGUAGCUCACAACCUCAGUCUCAUUAUGACCAUAGCUAUGCCUUGCCUGCUUCUCCAACCGCUCUUAAAGCCAGACUACGAGACCUCGUAAAUGAAGCCUUGGCAAGAACAGAAAGUCUGGAACGAGAAAAGAAGAAUGCCAUGGCCAGAGAAACGAGGGCAAAGACCACAGUACAGAGUCUUUUGGGAGAUUUGAGGGAGAAGAACCUCAUUAAUGAAGAGCUCAAAGAGAGGCUUGAAUUCUAUGCAGAUCUUCAGAUGGACUUCAGAGCAAAGCAGGGCCACGAGUAUUCAAAGGAGUGCAGAGAGUUUGCCCUCACACUCCAUCUGCAUGGUCCAAAGGCAUACAGAUACCUCAGAGAUACUCGGAAAUUUCCUCUCCCACAUGCACACACAUUACAAAGAUGGCUGUGUUCGGUGGACGAUAAGCCUGGCCUAUACAAGAUGAUGCUGGAUAUGCUUGAGAGAAGAUGCAAGGAACUCGGCUAAAUAUGGAUGUGUUGCACUUAUGUUGGAUGCCAUGGCCUUCAAAAAACAUGUGCAAUAUAA